AGAGCCUUCCGACAAAACCGGCCCUUCACUCCCCACAAAGCGAGCAGCAGCCUCCAGCCUCUCCGUCCCGCCAUGAAACAGACUCUGAGCGAACUGAUGAGGAUGAGCAGGAUAUGCCGGAUGGUAUUUGCCACUUGUUUGGGAUCCUUUAUUCUGGUCAUCUUUUAUUUCCAAAGUAUGUUCCAUCCAGUCAUGCGGAGGAACCCCUUUGUGGUGGAUGGCUGCUGUAGGAAAGGGUCCCGCAACGCCCUGCAGGAGCUCUACAACCCCACACAGCCGGAGUUGUCAGGAGCAGCUGUCCUCCACCAGACCCGAAGGGAUCAGGUAGUGGAUGCAUGUCGAGUCUACAGUGCGUCCAGCCGUAAGCGGAGAGUCCUUACACCAGGAGACCUCAAACACCUUGUGGUGGAUGAAGAUCAUGAGCUUAUCUACUGCUAUGUCCCCAAGGUGGCCUGUACCAAUUGGAAACGUGUCAUGAUGGUGCUCACAGGCCGAGGCAAAUACAGUGACCCAAUGGAAAUCCCUUCCAAUGAAGCCCAUGUUCCUUCCAACCUUAAGACGCUGAACCAGUACAGCAUUGCCGAGAUCAACCACCGCCUCAAGAACUACCUCAAGUUCCUCUUUGUUCGCGAGCCCUUCGAGAGGCUGGUCUCCGCAUACCGCAACAAGUUCACCCUCAAGUACAACUCAUCCUUCCACAAGCGCUUUGGCACCCGAAUUGUGCGGCGCUACCGCAAGAACGCCACACAGGAUGCCCUGAUCAACGGUGCUGAUGUUAAAUUCAAGGAGUUUGCUGAGUACUUGGUGGAUCCAGCCACGCAGCGCGACGGCCCACUCAACGAGCACUGGCAGACCGUUUACCAGCUUUGCCACCCCUGCCACAUCCACUACGACCUGGUGGGUAAAUAUGAGACGCUGGAGGAGGACGCUAACUACGUAUUGCGGCUGGUGGGUGUCGGCGACUCCUUGCGUUUCCCAAGCUACGCCAAGUCCACCCGCACCACGGAUGCCAUGGCAGCCCAGUUCUUCAGCAAUAUCAGCACUCAGCAGCAGAUCCAACUCUACCAGCUUUACAAGUUGGACUUCCUCAUGUUCAACUACUCUACACCCAGCUACCUCCGGCUGGACUAACGGAGGACAGAGCUGGGACUCUGGGAAUGGCUGCCUUGUUCAAGAAGAGGCAACAAUGAGUGAAGGGUGGAAUUUUUCAAAAGCAAAUUUAAAAAACUGUCUUCGUACCUUGCAGGCGUGGGGUCUGAAUUUGACAUAUAAACAGAUGCUGAAGAAAGGUAAUGUGUGCUUGUCUGGGCAUAAGGGGAAGAAUGUCCAAUCAACUGUGGCUGACACAGAGAGCUAUGAUUGGAUGAAAAUGUUUGUGAACAGACCAAACGCAUGCAAAGACUAAAAUGUGUGGGUGAAGCAGGUCUUCAAGGUUUUAAAAGGGGAACUUAUCCUCAGAGGACGGACUUGAAGAGAGAUCUCCUGAUGAUGUUCCCUACAUGUUUAAACAAACUGCUGACAAAUUAGGCUGCUUCAGAUUCUGCAAAGCAAACAGCGGCCUCGCACGCGCCCUGACCCCAAUGCAUUGUGGGAGCUAAGCUUAUCUCCCCCUUCCCCUGAUCAAUAGAGAAACUCCGUCAAAUUGUAAAACACAUUUCAUGUCCUUCGCUGCUCUGACAGCGCGGUGUGUGAGCACCUGACACCCUUGCCCUCAUUAGAUUCAUACAUUUUAGAGGGAAACCGGCUCAUUGACACCUCAAGGACGCCCCAUAAAAGUUGGCUACUGACUUCACUUUCAAGACCUCCACAACUGUAACUAUGGCUUUCAGCCAACAGUUAUAAGGAAACAAGUUCUGUCACUGGUCUCAGUCAUCAUAUGUUGGCAGAAGGGAUCUCUUGCUUUACACCCCAAGGACCCUGUGAAACCUGAGUCCUGCUGCAGCAGUGACAUAUGGAAGUGCUAAAUAAAUCAUCGCCUGUAACACCAAGCAUCCUUAACACUUUGAGCCACAGGAUGUGGUAAGGAAGGUACAAGAUGCACUCAUGUGAUUGGGCACACCAGCUGUGAGUGACAAGUCUGCCUGAGCUGAAAGAAAAGAGACAGCCUGUGUGGUUGUGAAGGGUUAAAGGCACUGGAUCCCAUAACCCCGCCCUGCUGCGCCCCCACCAUGCCCCACCCAGGGGUUCAGUGGACACACCCAGGGCCACACCCACAAAGCCCCUGCUCCGAUGACCAAACAUGUCUUUCUGUAAACUAAGAUCCUUUUGUCUUCAUGCUUAUUUUUGUUUUUAUUGUCUUAUGAAGCAUUGCUGCGAGCAGCAAUAACAAAAGAUUAUUUAAUAUGCUUUGUUGAUUAAAAUAAGAGAGAUAGAUUUAAUAUUUUGUUUUUCUGGGCUGAUGAACAAUUUAGGACAUUUUAAAAGUUGAACUGUUCUUAAGAGUUCUGUUUUGUCAUGUUGAUUUCUUCCUUCACAACUUGCCUCCGAUACAGCAUUUUCAUUUCUGAAGGACGUACGGUACAUUUCAGCCCAUGGCUUUGUUCUUCUGUGUCUGAGCUCAUCAGAGAUUUAUGGGUUAUCUUCCAUUUCCUGUUGUCAAACAUUUGGUGCCAAAAUGGCUGUGAGAGCCUCAAUGAUCCACGGUCAGUGUUCAGUACACAUCAUUGCUGUUUCACUAACCCAUGGGAAGACUGCACCCCCCCAGCUCCCAACCAGUACAUGAGAACUAGCUGCUGCUCUCAUAUCAACAAUCUACUGCCCACAUCACAGAAUCAGAUACUAUAUCUCAUACUGUAAUGUGAUUAAUGUCAGCUAUGCUAAGCAAUGUCAAGGUUAAUAACUGCACUCUCCAUCACGCUGUGAAUUGGAUUACAGGUUGUUGUGUAAGCAUUAUACAGGAGGGGGAGGGGGGAGGGAGGGACGGAUACAACAUCUGACCUGUCUCUCUCAUCCUGAUGAGCAAGAGAGUCCAUUUGUUUUUUACACCUCUUUGCAAAUUCUCACCCACUCCAGCUUCAAAGUAAAAGAGACAUUUUUGUGAAGAAAGCUGCAUAUCUUUGUUGUUUAACAAAACUCUGGUUUUAAAGAAAAAUUCAGGGGUCUCACAUACCUUUGUCACAAUUGGUUCACCAGAUUCUUUGUAGAGAAAGUGCUAAUGUGUCAGAACUAUAUCAAGCAACUUGAGGUUCUGUCUUGAAGAGGGUCCCUGUCAGAAUCUGGUAUUAAGACCUGCAUUUUCGUGCACACAUGGCUAAAGCAAUACAUUUGCCCUGGGGCACCAGAAUGUUUAGUGUUUGGGGACUAAUUUGUGGUAAUUUAAUUGUAACUUUGUUUAAGAAUAUGUAAAUAUGCACUUCUAAAGCACAAUAGCAACUGACAUGAUUAGGACCUGAAGCUGGGCCAUGCUUUACCUUAUCUUGAGGCUCUGUCAAGUCAAAUUUACUUAUACAGCCCAAUAUCAUUAAUUUGUUUAAGAGGACUUUGCAGUCUACAUAACAGAUAGUAUGACACUAUGUGUCUGCGGACCCUUGAUUCAGAUAAGGAUAAUCUCUACAAAAAUCAAACAUUUUAAUUGUAAAAAAGGAAAAAUCCACAGAGCAACAGACAUAUAAGAGGUGUGGCAUGUUGUAGAAUUACAAUGUGGAGAAACAGAAUUACAAUAUUAAGCGCUAUCAUAUAAUAUAUAAGAAAGUAUUAAGUGUGAUAAGUCUUGAAGAGGGGUCCUGUAUCAGAAUCUAUCAAAUUCAUUAUUUGAUGCACAAUACAUAUUCUGAAAUGUAUUUGUGAUCACUCAAAUUACCGCACAGCAAUCCUGUAAUAUAGUACAUAAAGCACAGAGACAGAGAGGGUUUUAAAGGGGGGUUCACAUUUUUCCUCAGGCCCUACUAGAGGGUAAAUCCAGCCCUGCCACAAGACACAGUUUUAAAAUAUGAAAAGAAGAUCAACUAUUACUGUGGAACAUUAUUACGAUUACAUUCAAACUAAUUAAAACUGUCUAUUGUAAAUGUUAGAGCUGUUUACUGGUUC